AUGGGGUGCUGUGGCUGUGGUGGCUGCGGUGGCUGUGGUGGCGGCUGCGGUGGCUGUGGUGGCGGCUGUGGUGGCUGUGGUGGCGGCUGCGGUGGUGGCUGUGGUGGAAGCUGUACCACCUGCAGAUCCUACCGGGUCAACUGCUGCCCCUGCUGCACCGGCUGCUGCGGAUGCUGCUGCACUGUCCCCGUGACCUGCUGCUGCCGCCGCUCCUGUGGCUGCAGUUCCUGUGGCUGUGGCUCGUGUGGCUGUGGCUCAUGUGGCUGUGGCGGUGGGAAAGGCUGUUGCCAGCAGAAGUGCUGUUGCCAGCAGAAGUGCUGUUGCAAGAAGCAAUGCUGCUGCUAA